AUGGACUCCUCUCCAAUGGCACCAUGGGCCCGAUUACCUCUGGAGAUCAAGUCGAACAUCAUGGGACGACUGACACGGAUCGACUUGAAGUCCUGCCGCCUACUCGACAAGUGUACAAGCCUGGCAGCCACGCGGGUUCUGUUCCAAACACUCUGCCUUUCACCCAGUAUGAACAGUGUCGACCGGUUGUCCAAAGUCGCAGCGCGGCCUGACCUCGCUGGUCAAGUGCGCACCCUCGAGAUCCACCGACACUAUCUCAAAAAUGUGCCCUUCGACGAAUACCUCCGGACCGGUCACUUGUCGGAACGUCUCCAGAGACUGCCUCCCCUCGACGCGGCGUCACUCGCCGUCAUACUCUCCCAGGCAUAUGAAGACGAGCUAGACGCCCAGGGACGCUUCCUUGACGAAGCACCUCCUCUGGUGGUAAAUGCGCUCAAGAAAUUACCGCGGCUCCAAUGCUUCGUCCAUGGUGGUAGACUGACUCGAACCGAGGAGGGAGAUUUUCUCCUAGACGAGCACUCUGAUCUGUUGAGGCGGACGGGUGUAAGAACACUGAGCGGCGGAACACACUUUCUGCUGAUGCACUCAGUCUUGCUGAAGUGCCGGGGUUUGAAGCCCCUGUCGAUCGGAUUUUCGUCAGUCUACUGGUGGGAGUUUUGGAACUGCAUGGAAAUCCGACACGCAAGGGCCCUUUUCGAGACCGUCACGCGCUUCGAGCUCACGUUCGAGAUCAAGAGCUUGGAUCGACAGCCGUGCCCGCUCAAACCGACCAGCGCUCAUUGGAGGAAAGGCUUGACCAGAUACCUGAAGGAACUGGGAACAUACCUGCCUGCGACCGAACACCUGUGGCUCGGGUUCGACGAGCUGCUUAUAGAGCCUCGGGGAAGUCAAUCCGUUCGCCGCUAUGCAUGGACAAGGAUAUCGAGCUUGCUGCUGCGUUGUCCCUGUCCUGAAGUUCCUGAUCUGCCCAGCUUGACCACCCUCACUCUGGAAAACACUGCUGUCCGCCUGGACGAGCUAUGCAAUUUCAUCAUCCGACACUCCCAGCCACUGCGGUCCCUCACCAUCGUCAACAUGCGUCUCAGCAACACCGGCACAUCUAGUCCAGGGAUCCUGGCCGUGGUGCUGAAGCUGAUCUCGUUCCUCAACAAAGAGACCCAGCUGGACCAUUUCUCCAUGCAAGGCACUUUUCUAGAUUCGGAUGAUGAGACCCGACUCUUGUGCUGUCCCAAGAGUGGGACCAGCAGCAUCUUGCACGAACUCGAGGAAUACGUCUGUCACCGCGGUGCCUUCCCCUUUCACAAUUCUGAAAUACUCCUGCAGGCUCUCGACACGUACUGGCCACGUUCGGGGGCGGCGGAAGAGGCGGUGGCCAGUGACAAGGAAUUGCCCCGACCCAGUCUGCGCGAUUGCACGGUUGAGGUCACGCUUCAGAGCGACGACUCGUGGUAUGUCGACGCACCGAAAACGCCGCGUCCCGAAUGA